AUGCUUAUUCCGUCUGUGACGUGCGGCAGCGGUGUGGUGCUACCGCAACCACCCGGGCAGCAAAGUGGAGCCCAGCCUGUGCUACGAGCACAACGGCACGGCGCCGGCGCAGUCGGAGCCCUGCCACGUGGACUGCGAGCUGCCGUGCGUGCUGAGCGCGUGGGGGCCCUGGUCGGCGUGCCGGCACGCGUGUUCCGCGCGCACGCGCACGCGCUCUUUGCUGGCACGUCUUUUGAUCAUGGGCUGUCGGCGGCGCGGGACGCGUGCCGCAACGCGACGCGCUUCCCGCUGGCGCAGGCGGCGCCGUGCCCCUGCGACCGCUACACGCUGGCCCUGGAGGGCGACUGGAGCGAGUGCGUGCUGGAGCGGCCGCUCGCCGCCGUCACCGCCAACGGCCGGCCCGCGCCCGGCGCCUGCGGGGCCGGCACGCGCACCCGACGCGCCGCCUGCCGCGACAAGAGCGGCGCGCUCGUCGAGCCCAGCCUGUGCGGCGUGCCGGCCGGGCUGCAGGAGGAGCCGUGCCUGGUGCCGUGCCCCGCCGACUGCCUGCUGAGCGAGUGGACGCCCUGGGGCGCGUGGGUAGCAGCUGGUUGGGGCGACUGCCAGCUCAUCGGCACAGACCGCGCCCGGGGCUGUGGCACUGGCGACCAAUACCGUCGAGUCAGGUGCAUGAGGUUCCGUCCCCACGCUCUACCCGAAGAGGUAGCGGAUCCGUACUGCGACCCAGUCACACAACCAGCCGAUGUCAACGCAUGUCACGUCGCUUGUCCGGGCGACUGCGUGCUCUCUCCUUGGUCCGACUGGUCGGAGUGCCCUAAGCCGUGCGAGCCGAGCCGCGAGCGCCAGCGCACGCGCUCCGUGCUGCGCGGGCCGGCGUCGGACGGGGAGGGCUGCCCGCCGCUCAUCGAGGUGCAGGGCUGCCGCAUCAACUCCACCUGCUUCACGUACGCGUGGCGCGCCACCGCCUACUCGUCGUGCCUGCCGCUGGGCGGGUCGCCGUGCGGCGAGGGCGUGCAGGCCCGCGCCCCUGCCCUCCCCUGGUCGGUGCCGCAGCCUGUGCCCGGAGGCGGACCGGCCCACGCCGACGGAGAAGUGGUGCUACGUGGACUGCCCCGUGGACUGCGAGGUGUCCUCCUGGACGCCGUGGAACGCGUCGCAGUGCCGCUGCGGGGAUGUGGGCGGGCAGCAGCUGCGGCGCCGCCACGUGCUGACGGCCAGCAGCCCGCGCGGCCGGCCGUGCCCGCUGCCGCUGCUGCAGACGCGGCCCUGCCCCGCGCGCCCCUGCUACACCUGGGACGUCGGCCAAUGGGGCGCCUGCGACCUACACGACUAUGUCUAUUACGCCUAUUGAAGCAGGUGGAUUAUUUGCGUUCGCUUCCGGCGCCGCAGGGCGCGUGGUGCGGCCACGGCACGGUGCGGCGCGAGGUGCGCUGCCUGCGCGAUGGCGUCACGCCCGUGGAGCCGCGCCUGUGCCGGCGCGAGCAGCGGCGCCGCGGCGCGCAGCUGGCGCUCAUCGACGACGGCGGCGGCGGCGGCGACGACCCGGCCGCCCUCACGCCCGUCGCGCCCGUGCCGCGCCCCGAGGAGCUGCGCGCGCAGGACUCCUGCUACGUGCCCUGCCGCGGCGACUGCCACGUCAGCGAGUGGUCGCGCUGGUCGCAUUGC